AUGCAAGAUGGAAAACACCCUCCAACCGUUUCGCAGGAGCUAUUCGACCGUCUGCUCAACUCCACCGAGGACAAUCAACCGGCAAAAGAUAAGCACGAUAAACAAGACCACCUCCCUCCGCAGACUCUGGAGACAUCUCUCCUUGACAGAGGCUUAAGAUUGUCACUGGACUUGAUUAUUGCUUCCAUGGCGCUAUGUUACGCAAUAUUUGGCUUUCUGGUAUACAAGAGUGAUGGAACCUCGGCCGCUCCAGGCUCAACAGGUCUUAAACUACUGGAGGUGUCACGAUAUGCGCCGACCAUCUUUCCAGUGCUGUUCGCUGCCACUAUCGGAGGCGGCAUGAGGAGCAUUGCAUCUUGGCGAAUUCAGUCCCGCCGGGGAGCAACGGUUGGCAUGUUGCGAGCUUUUAACUUUCUCGGUAUCCUCUCUGUAAGUCUGUGGUGCCUCUCGCCCGUGGGAAGUCAGGCAUCCCUCCGCGUUAUCACCGUCACAACGAGUACGACCAGCAGCACAACGAGCCUGGUUGCGCUUAACACAUCCUCUGAGUACCGGUACAGCGAUGCCACUGGUCUAAUCACGGCAAAUACCAAGAUUAUCAAUACCGUAGUUGCUUCCCUGAUGGCCGCUCCACUUCUUGCAAACCGUAAUCAGGACCUCUGGGGUAACAUCCGAAUUCCGGCAAUUGAGAGGCUCGAAAAUGGGACCAAAGGGACGAGCGGCUGGAUAGCCAUGCCUCGCAGCGAUAACAUGACGUACUCGUCGCUUCUCGGAAUGCCGGUUAAGCCGCUGCCUAGUUUGGGAAACACGUCGUUUAUUCUUCCUGGCUCCUACUUGUCCAUCUCCUGUCCCGUUUUCGGCCUCUCAUCUCAGGCCAACUAUACUGAUUAUACUGCGCCCAGUGCCCUGUCUCCGAACAAUGGUUAUGACUGCAGAUGGGCCACAGGGGCUGGCGGCACUCAGUAUCAAAUCGCGAUUUCUGCACCAUGUAGUAGGGGUAGUCUCAGCACAUCGGGAGCAACCCGCAAUGCCUCCAGGAAGCUCAUAUGGGAAUCAUACUCAGGCAGAAACAGUUACAGCCGGGCCGAGUGCGAGCUCUCCACGACGUUUGUAGAUGCCCAUGCUUCCUGCACCGGCAGCUCAUCCGGCAGUUCAUCCGGCAGCUCGUGCGAUUUGUCCUCGGUCCGUCGGUCGACCAAUCCCCCGUUCCCUCGCGACUGGACAGUGUUUGAUCUAGGCCGGCAGCUUGCCGUGGACGGGAUACUGACCACAUGCCCAACAUUUCCCCUGUUCCGUGAAAGAGGAUGUCUAUCCUACCGUGAAAGCGCUAGUUUGAAUCGGAACGGCCCUAAAGAAGCUGCUAGGUAUGCUUUCAGCCCAGCCGUCAUCUAUAUCCCCAAGCUGCCAGUUGUCUCCUACCCCAAAUAUCCCCGUUCUCCCAGCCAGAACGCUCUUCUGCCUUUCUUGAUACUCGACCGCCACAUCUGGAUGUGGUACCCAGACAACCCUCAUCCCAGCCCGCCUCCCAGCCUCUACCCCAGCUAUGCUAUCUUCAAAGACCAAACAUUCAUUGGGCGUGAUGACUUUUUCGCCAUCACCUACGGCUGA